AUGUAUCCACCAACAGCGAACAAAACCGGCCAAGUCGGACACUGUCUCCCGAAACAUGAUAAAACGAGAGGCUGCCUUCGCCUGCGCCCUCUGCCAACAUGCAAACGGAGAGCGGAGCCGCUCACUGCAGCACUACAACGCCCAGCGUCGCCGCCAGUGACAGCGAGGCAGUGUAAACACAACUCCAGGAACAUGAAAAGAUCGGGUGACAGUGAGGGGGAGAAGAGAAGAAAGAGGCGGAAGUUACUUCAGGAGUUAGGAGACCAGAAGAUUCCCUUCCUGGGACCUUCAGAACGAGGCUUUCAGCAGCUGUGGGACUCCAGCUACUCUGGCCUUGUUCUAAGGAGAUCCUGCUCGCUGCCUGCUGAGCUCCAUGGCAGGGUACAGGCAGCUCUGCUCACACUGAGAAGCAAGGGCUGUCUUCUGAAGGAUCUGGUUCGUGUUCGAGACCGAGAUGUGUUCACCGCCGUGUCACGGGCUCUUGUGGGGGAGCCCGGCCACACCUACCGCUAUCUGGACACGCGGCUCUUUGCCAUCCCUUGGCACAGUGAGGACGCUGAGGUCAAAGGACUGAACUGUUGCGACCCCGACUUGAGAGCUGCAUGCAAAGCAUUGUGGGAGCUUAACACCUUCUUCUGCUCUGAUGUGUCUGAUCUGAAGGAAGGGGACAGGCUCACGCAAUGUUUGAAGGCGGAGGUCGAGGCCACACAGGGUAAAGAGGGGGACACGGAGUCUAAACACAGUGAAGACUCAAAGAACAGUGAAGGAGGUGACUCGGAAUCCAGACAAAGUGAGGAGGGGGACACGGAGUCCAAGCACAGCGAGGAGUGGGACACUGAGUCAAAACACAGUGAAGAAGGGUGUGCAGGGUCAAAACAAGAAGGAGACUGGGAGACUGAGUCCAGACACAGCAGUGAGGAGGGCGAGUCCUCCCAGGUCAAACCAGGUGGAGCCAGUGUCUCACAACAGAGUGAAGGGAAAGUCCCUACCUGGGCAUUGAAGCCCAUCACUGGCACAGAGGCUGACCCAGUGGGACUAGGGGCCCGUGGGAAAUCUGCGGCCAAGCUAAAGUUCAGCGUGUCAGAUGACCACAUAGAAGACAAGGAGGAUCAGGAAAGUGUGCAGGGCUGUUCCCAGCCCAGUCCACCACAGGUAUGCACUGGUCUGGACAAGUUCAAUGUCACCCUACUCAACUACAUGGAUCCAGCAGCUAUGAGCCAGCUGAAAGAGGAGCCAUACUACGGAAUGGGCAAAAUGGCAGUGGGGUGGCACCACGAUGAGAACCUUAUCACUCAUUCACCGGUGGCUGUUUAUAGCUAUAGCUGUCAUGAUGACAAAGGUGGAAGCGGUGAGGGCGGCAGCGGGCAGAAGGCGUGCUGGAGGGUUGGGCUGAAGGUAGCCUGGGACAUCCACACACCUGGCCUAGUACUGCCAUUGGAGUCUGGAGACUGCUAUUACAUGAGAGAUGACCUGAACAGUACCCAUCAGCACUGUGUCCUAUCUGGAGACAAUGCUCGCUUUAGUUCCACGCACAGAAUGGCUGAGUGUUCCAGAGGGACCCUGACCUACAUCCAGUCACGCUGCCAAGAGGCCCUGUCUAACCUCCACACUGACCCAGAGACAGGCUCCCACAGCCUGCUGGCCCUGCUGCCGACAACGCUACAGCACUGUGAGGAGAUUCACAAUGAGGUGGAGUUUGAGUGGCUGCGACAGUACUGGUUUCAGGGACAGCGCUAUGCCCGCUUCUGCAGCUGGUGGACCAGACCAAUGGAGCAACUUGAGAAAGACUGGAGGCUCAUGGAGACCAUGACUAUGCUCUUCCUGGCGUCAGUGGAGGAGGAGGAGGGCAGGGCAGGCGAGGGACGGAGGGAGAUGGCAGAAACCCUGCUGUCCGCCUUGACAGAUAGACACCAGCAAAGACAGACAUGGAGAGACAGGUGUCACUCCAGCCUGGCCCAGACGUUACCGCCUGAGGAGGCUCCAGUGGACCGACCCUUCUGGGGCACGGAUGACCCCAACAUGCCGCUCCCCUUUGAUCUGGCUGACAUCAUCAACAGAGUGGAGUCACUUCUCUGGAGGAUGUGAAGGAUGGAUAGAUGAAGACAAGAUAAAAUACCUACCAGCUUUUUCCGAAUGGCCCCCCUAUUUGCUGAGGGGACAGACAACUGAUGGCAUCUCUGUUGUGAUCUCAUGGAGACUGAUACUCUUUUGAGUGGGGCAUCUACAUCACCCCUUGGGCCACCCCCCAACCCCCCCCCCACCCAGCGACCACCCCAGCUCACCCUGGCAUCGCGGCGUCUGUAGCUUGGAUUUGGCUAGAAGGAAACCAGAGCUCCACAAUAGAACCAGAGUAGUGCUUCAGUAACAUGCUAACAACACAGGCUUAGCAACAAGCUGUUAGGGUCACAAAUGGUCUAACAAAUACUAAGUGGAACCUGCAUUUCAGUGUUAGCAUACAUUGUGCAACUGCAGUAUUUAUUAAUUCACUGUACUUUGUUACUUAAUCUCAUGUAACCCAGUCAUGCUUUUAUCAGUGGAUUGACUCAUUCUUCGUAGUCCCAGUUCAGUACAUACACAUAUAUGCUUUCACACAGUGUUAUAAUACAGUAUAGAAUGGUGAAAAAAAAACGAAACAAAAACAAAAAAACAACAAAAUGGUAUUGUAUAGUUUAAUCCUGCUUAAUGUGUUCGGAAGUGGAAUGAGCUUGGAAAGAGACCAAAGAAAGUCAAUGACAAAAAAAAAAUGUUUUUUUCUUUUUUUUUUCUUUCUUCUGUUGACGUUGCAAAGGUGCGCUUGUGUAGUAAGUGUAGCGUGGCAGUGUGUGUGUGUGUGUGUGUGCGUUUGUCGUCAUGUGACGAUACAUGUGAUGGUUGCGUGUUUGUGCAUGCGCACGUUGCCUCUCCCAUGUGUCUACAUGAGGGUGUGUAUGUAAGAAGGUGAUAGAGUGUGUGUGUGUGUGUGUGUGUGUUAGCCUGUAGGCAGCCUGCCAGUUGUUUGUUCUUGAAGACGUGCAUAUGGAGAAACAGAGACGAGCAGCAGGGCCCCUCUGCCUCUGCUCUGAUGAAAGGCAACACUGAUAGAAUGACCUGGAACAUAACCGCUUUUUCUCAUAAUUACAGCUGUUCAAUCGCUUUUAAUUACUCUUAAAGUGUGUACAGCACCACAUUCCCCUGUAAUGCUGCAGGCCAUCUGAGAAAGUGAGAGAAAGAUCCAGCGCUUCUGACAAAAUCCACUUUCAAAAAAAAAACUAAAAAGGGUGGGAAAAGGGGCCAACGUCAAAGCAGUGUAGCAGCCCUCCUCGUUUGAUUUCUUUCUCUGUCAUGAUGAAGUAGGGACGCUGUUUACUACUAAAAUUGUAGAAUACACUCCUUUUUUUCUCUUUUUUUUUUUUUUUACUUCUGAAGUUUUUUUCCAAGAUGUUAAUGGUUGCCAAAUGCUGUUGUUGCUGCUUUGUUUUGUUUUUUUGCUGCGCCUCUGUUGUUGUCAGAGAUUUGUUUGUAGAUCGGCAGUAGCAUUGACUCGUUUUGAAUCACUCUGUGCUCUCUUCGCCACAGCUUGUCAGUCUAAAGCAAUAGGAAUGGCAGUAAUUAAAAAACUGUGUUUUAUCCAA